AUAUCUCGAUCAUGGCUGAAAAUUUUUGUCAUUUGACAAUCUUAAUCGAAUCUGUACACACAUUCUUCGGUUGUUUAGGUUCAUAAUAUCAGUCAAACAGGAAUUUCAAAAGUCUGUCCAAACCCAUGCUCUACGCUGGAAAUUAAAGGAUCUUCGUUAUUGCCUGACAGGAUUUUAUUGUCAACUUGUGUAAGUGCUGUUAAUGUUAAGAAAUUUAAGAUAGUUGGUGUUUUACCGUCUUAUAAUUAAAUGUAGAUGUGGAGGAAUCAUUUAAGAAUGCUUUUCACUUGAGGGCUUUCAUACUGUACGUACGUACGUAAAAGUUAAAAUCUUUCUAAAUUUUAUUAUUCUUGACUUGCAAUGAUAUGGGCGACAGCCAUGUUGGUCCUUUUCAACAAGAGAGUUCAUUAACUUCUUUUGAAUUUGGCACCAACAUGGCCGCCGUGCCAUUGUCUUCUAAUUCUUAAGGGGUUGAUUGCAAGUCAGGAAUAUCUCAACUCCCCUUUGUCUGGUCAUCACAUUUGCUGACUUAAUAAGUGAUGCCGACAAAGGAAAAACAAAUCGCCUUCGAACAAAUAGGCCCUUCCAAGGUUAAGGACGCCAUCUUAAAUCUAUUGUUUUCACCAUUGUGUUAGCACCCCUUGCACUAUUGGAAUUGUGUUUCAUUAUGGCGUCGUUAACCUUGGAAGGGUCUAUUUAUUUGCCUAGUGGAAAACGGGCUUUACAUACAGUAUAUAAGCGCGUUUUGCGCAAAACGCGCGAACUAUUAAAGUGUCUAAAUAUUUCUGAAGGUGUCAACAAAAUAUCGACUUACAUGUACUGUUUAUUUUAGUUCGGUGUCCAAGAGCUUCGAAAAGAAGUCGGUGGCAGCUCAUGUAGGUUUUCAUUUUGCAUGUAAAUGAUACACACAUUUAUGCUUAAAUUUCGUUAAAAAUAUUCUACCUCGAACCUAUCUCAGUAUAUAUCACCGAACUUUCUAUUCCAGACAUGUCUAAGAUUGUCCUUCGUCAGUGUAUUCGAAAGAUUGUUGCACCACCACAAGCAGUUCCUGGAGCUAUUAAGAUUCUUGCCAUUGAAGAUUCUUCCGAUAAAGUAUUUCUAUCGAAUGUCAUAACGGGUAACAACUUGAUAAUAUUAAUAAUUAUUAUACAUUCCAACUUUCUUCGCGUUCCUGAUUGGUCAACCAUCGCCGAUUCAUUCUAACAUUUCCAAAUACCAUAUAAUUCUAGGAUCUGAGCUAGAGUUUUUUGAAUUGCAAGAUAAGAAAGAUAGAACAUUGUGCGAAUUUCUUGCAUCGAUUAUCGGUCAAGGAGGUAAGAAGAACUGAAAAACUUUCAUGUCUAAUAUCUAAUGGACAAUUUGCAUGUUAGACUAAUUUUAAUGUAAGUAAAGAGAAGGGUAUCAAACACCACAGCUAACAAGAACAUAAUGAAAUUAGUAAAAUUGCAAAAAUGGGUGGGAAAUGUUGUAAAGCUUAGAAAGUAUAGCCUUGCAAAGUUUGCAGAUUUUGUAUAUGUUUGUAUUACACACGAAAAUUGUUACCAUUUUCGGCCCAAAAAUGGUAAGAUUUCUCGCACGUAAUACAAACAUAUACAAAAUAUGCAAACUUCGCAAGGCUAUAUUUUCCGUAUAUUACAACAUUUCAUAACCAAAUUUGCUAUCAGUUUUACUAAUUUUAAUAAGUUCUUUUCGGGAAUUUACUUUUUUUUUUCCUAGAUCAAAAAUUAGUCUAACAUGCAAAUUGUCUAUUAAUUCUUUUUAAUUUAAAGGAGAGAGUCGACGUGGAAAGCUUUUUGUAGCGCGUAUAGUAUCGCUUUAUUUUUAGCCGAUUGCACUAUUCACGAUGCGACAAUCAAUUUGAUUCCGAACGUUUUGUACGUGUUCCUGGUUUCACACUCGUCGGAUUAUUUUAUUGUGGGGUAUUCCAGUAAGUUCUUUAAUUUCAUUUUUAAGUUCGUUAAACUCAUGCGCCCUACUUUAUUACAGUACAGUAGUUUACUCAGUAGUUUAUUGCGUCACUCUAAGAAAUCACGCGAUGUUUACAGUCGUCAGAAUUUGCCAGAAAACAGCGUAUUGAAUUUAUAUGUAGUUUUAGCAGUUUUGAACGUUUGCCAUCCAGAAUGGCAGACGUCAAAUAAUAGAUAGCUUAAGAUCUAUACGACGUCGACGUCAGCUAGGACGUCAGGGCUAUGCAGAGGACUGGGACUAGGAUGUCGUCCUAAUGUAAUCCCAGUCCUCUGCUUAGCCCUGACGUCCUAGCUAACGUCGACGUCGUAUAUCUUAAGCUAUCUAUUACACCCUUUCGAUAAUUACAGUAUGUCAUUUGGCCUGGGAGCCUCGCUCUCAUCAAUCGUGAGCCAAUCACCUUGCGUAAUUUGCUAAUAAGAGCAAGGCUCCAGGACCAAAAAGUAUGUGUGACGUAAUUAUCGAAAGGGUACAUGUAUUACAUCAAGUUAUGUGUUGUGACGUCACUUGGAAGGGCUGAAUACAAAUUUGUAUGUAUCAGAAGGGAUAAGUUACUAUUUAGUUUAUCGGUGUCUUCUCUUUCAUUUAGAUAAUGAAUGGGAUAAACUAUUCAGUUUCCCUUCAACUUUACCAAACAUUAGUCGAGGUUUGUGAGAAAAUGUUAGCAUUUUUUGUGGUUGAAUAUUGCCAUCAAUAUAUAUAUAACCAUUGUAUCACAGAAAACCACAAUACUCGUAUGCUCUGAAUAUUCGUCUAGCUAUCCAAUAGUUGUGCUAUGCCACAACACACAGUAUGUUGCCCAAGCACAUCUGUAUUCUGGACAAAAAAGUUGUGUUAUUCCAACACAUCUUUUUAAAUACAUUUUGUUAGAGACAAAUGUAUAGAGUAAGGCUAUAUUUGAGAUGAAUGUAUAGAAUAAGGUGAUACUAUGGCAGUAUAUAUGUAGAAAGAUCCUGGGUACGAGGUUGAGUAUGUACAUGUAAUCAUGUGGGGAACAAUUAUAUAUGUACUUUUGAACCUGGAUACCAAUCAAGAAAUUAUGAUAAAAACAACUAUAACUUUAUUUGCUCUAUUCCCUCAACCUGUGAAUAAAAGUAAUGUCCACUGCUCAGGUCUGUUACCAGGAGCAAGGGCGGAUUUUCAUAUAUUUAAAAGGAGGGGUAGAAAAAUUUCUGGUCGGGGGUGCAAGCGGCACCACUCAGUGAGCUUCGGCAUGGUUAGGCGUUUGGGUUAAAACCUAUUGAACAAAAUAGGAGGGGUGAAGUGAAAUUUUGGUGGGAUUGAACACUUUAUUAGAGGGGUUAGACCCCCGGCCCCUAAGACAGUUAAAUGUCGUGCUUUCACGUGAUACAGUAUGUUGUUGUCCAAUGAGGCAUGAAGGUAUGAACUUUGACACUUAGUAUGUACACUAAAUAAAUAGUCCCUACCUUUUAUUUGAUGCAGGUAAUGAUGAACAUGGAAAUCACUGGACAUUGCUAGAUUCAUCUACCUCUGGAAGUUUGCCUGUUUAUUUGAAUGGUAUUUCUUUUACUCGGAAUACUGGCAGUAACCUUUUCGUGUGGGGAAAUGUUCUCUUCUACAGGUAAAGUGAUAUGGUACGCCUUCAGGGUCGAAUUACAGUAAGAUUCGCGCCAUAUACUUACAGUAUUUAGCACUAUUCUGUUGCUACAACUCUCGGUUCUUUAGACUUUUUUGCUUUCAUUCAAAUUUGCUGAAUAUACUGUAGGCAGCCUACCAAUGCUUUCAUGGUUGUAAAAUUUUUGUUACCGCUUUGAGAUAUUCAAUCGCCGUCCAAACGCGUGUGAGUUGUGUGGGUUUCCCGUAACAAUUGUGACUGCCAGCUCUCGUCAACUCUCAUCCUCGUUUGACCUGGGCUUACGGAUUUGUUAGUAUAGGUUUCUUAGGCGUUGGUGUUUCCCAAAUUCUAAUUUGAUCGUUUCUUUUCAACUUUAGUCCCAAUGCAGGCGAGAACUUCUUUUGGUUAUGGGAUUAUAACCACGAAUCGAACAUCACAUUGUUUACCUCUGCAGAAGACGGUUCAUAUGCAUUUUUGACAGACUCGCAACAGGUGUAUAAAAGAAUCUUGAUUGUUAUAUAUCAGAACUCCGUUAUAAAAUCAACUUGUUAUGGUCAGUGUGGAUCAUAACGGUCGGCAAUUGGCUAUUUAUUGUGAAAUAAAAACACUAAAUGGCCAAUUAAUUUCAUUCUGCACGGAAAUUUAAUUUGGUGCUCUUCAAAAAGCAUAAAAGCAAGAUUAAGGAACAUAAAACAAACUCUUGGCUUCGCGGUGACAGGCAUGAAAAAAAUAUGCAUGCUGCGCAUGUCACAAAUUUGACCAUUGUUAGUACCAGACACGCCGAAAAUAUGAAAACAGUAUCCGUUGGACCAAGAAUUUUUCGGUUUGCUAUUAAUAUAAAUAUUAAAAGUAGCUGACCGACCAUUGGCCAAUUACCAUGAAGCAACUCUACAUUUGAUCGAUCAGACGUUUGUCAGACUGGCGAAAUUGUUAAUCCACAUUGGCCAUGACUACAGUAUAUGGUUGGUAUCAAUUUCCUAUCUGUCUGUACGUUACUAUAGCUUUUGUUCGCGGCACCAAAAAUGCAUAACAGAUGUAGCAUACCAAUGCAUUUGAUAGAUUGUUGAUGUAAUAAUGAAACCUGAUAAGAACAGAAGACAGUAUUUGUUGGUCUAUCGUCUAUCUGGACUAAAUGAAUGCUGAGAAACAGCCUAACAGAAAAAGCAUGUGGAACGCGCUCCGAUUCAUGCGUUCGCAUCUCUUAAAACUCUAUCGCCUAAUUUCUAUACUUCCUGACAUUUGUUUUUUUUUGUUAAGGUUUGGUGGGGUCACACAGACACUGCCGCAGUUCAUUAUCUGGAGACCGCAAAUGAAUGGAAUAUUGGCGUAAUGACUAGUCAAGAGUCGGAUUCAUGUGCAGGAUCCUUCAAUAUCCUCUCAUUGUUUUAUGAUGCUUCUGGGCAACUGUGGAAGGUAAGCAACAUAUCUUUGUAAACUUUCUUAUCUUUAACAGAUGAUAGGAUGAUAGUACCCCACUAAAUAGUGAAUAUGCGUUUCACCUCUCUGCAAGUAGUAGAAGAACGUCUCCAGUUUGAAUUACAGUAAACAUAGCGUGAUAGCGAAUAACUUGUAGUUCACAGUGUCACACCGCCCAUGUAACAUACUGUUUACAAUUUAGGGGCCAUGCAAAAUUUAUUGUACCCCCGGGCCAGAGCAAAUCAAUUUUGAAUGUUAAAAAAAGCAAGCCCGUUUAGGUUGGUGUGAUAAAAAUCUCGGAACUUUGCUAAAAAAGUUGCUGUCCCGUACUACUAUCAGUUUGAAUGAAAGCUUGUGUAGCUGUGCUUACCAUAGAGCUGCUUAUCAUACUGUAUGUUCAGCUGGAGGAAAUCGCUGAAAUGUGCAAGAGGUCUGACACUGCGACCCCUUCGAGUCUGAACUUCUCCUAAAGGGAAUAAACCGCGCCCUGACCUCUCACUUGUAGUUAUUUGAUCACCUUCAUGGGUACCACACCUUGUAAGGCAGAAAAAAUAUGUGUGCCCCGCUUCUAUGCAGCUCAAAAAAAGUAUGUGCCCUUUUGCUUCGGCCCCGUAUAAAAUAAAUUUUGCAUGGCCCCUUAUCUAUCGUCUGGUGGUUGUGAUGUUGAAAUCGAGAGCCGGUUAUUCAAAGCUCGAGUUGGCAAUAAUUCUAGGUUAAAAAAUUUAACUCGCUAUUUUGGUAUACAUAUACUGUAUAUGCCUUUAGCCAUGGUUUAGCGAUAUACAGUAGGUAUACAAGAUUUCGGCAUACUUUACAGCCACGGUUUGUGGCCAUAAAGUAUACCAGAUUUCGGCAUACCUCAUAGCCACGAUUUGUUGCUAUACAGCAUGCCGACUUCGGCAUACCUUAUAGACACGGUAUACCUUAUAGCUACACACCGUGGCUCUAAUAUAAGGUAUGCCACAAACAGGCAUACUUUGUAGCCACAAUUAACCGUGGCUAUAAGGUAUGGAUUUCGGCAAACCUACGGUUUGUGGCUAUGAAAUAUGGCUGUUUUUGGCACAAAUUAUACUGAUCUGGACAAUAUUUCGGAUAUUUUAAAGUUUGCAAGCAAUCUGUUGGAAAGUUUGCCUUCAGGUUACUGGCUUCAGGUGUUGUUACUCUGAGUCCGACUUGAGUCCGUCGCAGGUUGGAUUCCCACCGCAAUCAACUCGAGCUAUGUUUCAACUUGCCUAGUGUUGACACACACACAUACAGUAACAAAAGUAGAGAAGGCCUCCAAAAGAAACCAAUUUAUCUACGUUUUCAGGUUAUUCAGUGUCAAAAUAAGACCUCUACCAUACCAUGCAUAUUCAGAAGCAAAGUAGCUAUCCGAGACAUCCUAUCACAUACCCAGCUGAUCCAUGAGCAAACCUCGUUAGAUGACGAUAUCAUCAACACGCCAUCAAUCUUAGAUUACGGAGCAACUUCAACCGUUCCUAAACAUUGUUUAAAAUACUCAAUCAUCUACCUAGCUCCUCAUACCAGCCAUCACCUGCAGCAUGUCGUUGAUGUUAUUGACGUGCCGUAUAUGGUAAACACUGUGCCUGUAUCUGUGGAUUUUCUCAAGGUAAUUAAGGCAAUAUGUAUUCUACAUUUUGUAUAGGGCCAAAUAAAAAUAAUAGUUGGUUUCAGGUUUCACAGCCAUUUUUACAUGGGUAGGAAGGUCGGAAAAACAUUUUAUUUAAAAAAAUAUUUUAUCUCAAAUAUAGCUACAAUUUCAAUAAAAUGUUUAUGGUCGGUCAUAUUUUUGACAGGUCGGUCAGAAGAAAUCUGAAACCAAUUACUAUUAUUUUUAGUUGGCCUGGGCAUUACUGUGAAUCUCAGAAUAUGUAAGUCUCUCCCUGCAUGAAAUUUCCUUUUACAAUCUCUACCCGCUGACUGACCUCGUGCUGCCUGUUUCAUUCUCCUCUAUACAUUUCUUGAUAUUUAGAUCUAUUUAUCACAAUUUGCUUUGUCUUCCUUGCGUCUGUUCCCCUUUAUCUCCAGUUUGUCUUUUAUAUAAUGUCGCUGGUCGACUGUCUUUCAUCUCUUCUAUUGUGUAUCAUCAUUGAUUUAUUUAUCUUGCCUCUUCAUUCAAGAAUCUUCUUUAUCUCCUCUUAUUACAUGUACGUGUAAACACAAUCUUAGCCUCGUUUCCCUCACCAAAGGAAUGUCCUCCACCCUAUAUCUAUUGAUCACUUCAUUCCAUAAUGUCUCUGACCAGCUCUCCUUCAUCUCUCUUCUCUCUCUCAUCAGUUAUUUCUUUAUCUUCCCUGUAAUGUCUACACCCAACAUCUUCUGAUUUUUUUAUUCCGUAAUGUUUUUCAUCCCCUCUUAUGACGUGUAAAUACAAUCACAUCCUUGUUUUCCUCACUCCUUCAGCAAUGUCUUCCACCCUAUAUCAUCCAUUUAUCACUUCAUUCCAUAAUGUCUCUGACCAGCUCUCUUUCGUCUCUUAUUAUAAUGUGCCCAUAUCAUCUCAGCCUUGUUUUUCCCACCUUGCACAUGCUUCUGACUGUUUUUGAAUAAAAAUUUCUCAAAAUCAAUUUUUCAUGAGGACAACACAAAGGAAACCACAUCGAUGUCUUAGAUUAUCCUAAGAGAAAUUUUGCCAAUGUCUCUUUUCAAAUGGGACGAAGUUGAUUUUUAUUGCAAUUUUCCUUCAAGGAGUACCUGGACAAUCAACGAGCUUCAUUGAGUCGCCCUAAUACCCUGGAUAUGUCUGACAUGAAAGAUGCGUUACCUCAGUACAUAUACCUGAAGAAAGGAGAAUCCUACAACUUCACAGUGACGAUGACUUUGGACAGCGGCCAUCCGAACCGUAAGUACCAUGUUGUCAUGCAAUAUCGAGUAUAGUGGUAUACAAACAGGUAACCGAGAAUGUCCUUUGUAUGGAGAAGUUUGAAGGAACUAUCAACAGGAUUCGAUAAUUUGUUUAUUACAUACAACGUACCCAAGGUACGUACUAUUUUUUCGGCCACGAAUAACAAAAGUCAAUGGUCACAGACUACAAACUGGAACGAUCAAAAUUCGAAAGCAUUUUCCAAGUCCUGCAUGAUAUAUUGGUAUGACAAAAAAUUCGAAUUAUCAAAUCGUGUUAUG